AUGUCACAAUCUUUAAUUGUUCAUUCUCCUUCAGGUGAGAUCUUAUAUCAAUACAAUAACAAGAUAAUACCAUUCAAUGAUUUAAUAGGAAGUUUGGUCAAUGAAACUUCUAUCCAAUUAGAUGAUAAUUUCUUCACAAGUUCAAUAAAUCAGAAAAGAUUCUAUUGUUUAAAGAGAGACGAUAUAUAUGCUAGUUUGUAUUUUGAUAUCGUUACUACUAUUGAUAAUGAUAAGAUAAAACUGAAAUUGCAAGAUAUUUUGAAAACAUAUAUAAAAUUAACUGAAGAUCUCGAAGAAGAUAUAGAUGAAGAUAUUCAAAUCAAGAUUAAAUCUUUAAUUGAUCACCAAUUUAACCAGUUGAUGAAAUUGCAAGCCAAUGAUGAUAUAACAGGUAAUAGUACACCAGAACCAGUGACACCAAUGAAAACUCCAAAGAAAGUCAAUGAAAAAUCUUCAGGUAAAAAAGCUAUGAGAAAAUGGGUUGAUGGAGAAAUGAUUGACCAAGCUGAUGGAGUAUUGGAUUUCUCAGAAUCUAAAGAGAGUGAUGGAGUCCGAGCAGAUUCCCAACAAUUGAAAGUCGAUAAUAUGACUUUCAAAAAAGAAAAAGAUUUGGUUUUAGUCAAUGAAUUGAAUGAUAUUUUAGGUCAAAGUGAUGAUGAAGAUGAUGAAGAUGAAACUCCAACUUCAGGGUUUCUUUCUAAAUUCACCUCAUAUUUUGGUUCCAGUAUAGAUAUAGAUGAAGUAUCCAAGAAGUUCCACGAACAACUUGUUAACAAGAACAUUGCUCCUCAAACAUCAAGACAAAUUAUCGAUAGAAUAAAGACCAAAUUGAAGGGAAAGAAGAUAACAUUACCAAUUUUCAAACAAACUUUGAUUGACGAAUUAACUAAAAUCUUAUCACCAAAUAUUUCUACCGAUUUGUUGUAUGAUAUUAAAUCUAAAUCUUCGAGAUCUAGACCUUAUGUUAUAUCAGUUGUAGGUGUUAAUGGGGUGGGUAAAUCAACAAAUUUAGCCAAACUUGCUUAUUGGUUCUUACAAAAUAAUAUGAAUGUUCUUAUUUGUGCUUGUGAUACUUUCAGAUCUGGUGCUGUAGAACAAUUAAAAGUUCAUGUUAAAAACUUAAACACUUUGAAUGAAUCCAAUCAAUCUCAAGCUAAAAUCGAUAUUUUCGAGAAAGGUUAUGGUGGUGGUGAUCAUGUAGUAGCUACUGCUAAAUCAGCUAUUGAGUUUGGUACUAAGAAUGACUUCGAUGUCAUUUUAAUUGAUACUGCUGGUAGAACCCAUUCAAAUGCUAAAUUAAUGGCACCUUUGAAAAAAUUCGGUGAUGCUGCUGAUCCUGAUAAAAUCAUUAUGGUAGGUGAAGCUUUAGUUGGUACAGAUUCCGUAGAACAAGCAACCAAUUUCAAUAGUGCUUUUGGUAAUAAGAGAAACCUUGAUUUCUUCAUCAUCUCCAAAGUAGAUACAGUUGGGGAUUUGGUUGGUACCAUGAUUAACAUGGUCAUGGCUACCAAUGUUCCCAUCCUUUUCAUGGGUACUGGUCAAACCUAUACUGAUAUAAAACGUCUUAAUGUGAAAUUAAUAGUUGAUAUGUUAAUGAAGUAA